UUCAUGCGCAGUGGGGCAUUAGCAUAAUCAUCAGACAAUGACUGCAAUACGAUUUCUUCUGUUUCUGUUACUUGCCAGUAGUUUGUUCCUAGAAGAGACUCUUUCUAGACCAGGGAGAAAGAAAGGCAAACCAUCCAAGAACAAAGAUAAGUGCAAGGGAAAGAUAUGCCCCAAAUCAAAGAAAUGCUCUGUUGAAUACACCUCCGAACAGAUACAAAACCAGUUGGCUUUGUCUCCGCAAGCUGGAAACCAGGGAGGCUAUCUUGUUCAGACCUAUCGCAGCACAGAAGAGGUAAUUACAGAAAUAGGCAACAGGACUGCCGGAACACACAUCUACUAUCUGAUCGACGAGAGUUCUCCAUCCGAUCUGUACCACCUCUUGUUGUCCGACGAAGUGUGGCACUUCUACAUGGGAGAUCCCGUCAAAAUUCUCGAAUUGAACAACAACGUGUCUGGUCAUAUUGUUGAGACCGUAUUGGGAGACGAUAUCAUUGCUGGUCAGAAUAUUACUCACGUAGUGGAGAGGAACACAUGGUUUGCAGCGAGUCGUGUCGACGGUGGCCCGUGUGGAUGGAGUCUGGUUGGAACGACCGUCAGCCCUGGCUUCGAGUUUGAAGACUUCCAAGCGGGUAAUAGAACGGAGUUGCUGUCGCUGUUUCCUGAGGCAGAACUGAGUAUCAUUAGCCUGACCCUGAACGAUGAAUAAAUUCGGUUGCACUUUAGGUGGCACGCAUGACUUGGUCUAGACGAUUUGCUUUUGCUUGAAUGUUUUGCACCUUCCAGAAGAGCAUGCACUGAUGAAGGACAUCGUCAAGUUUUGAGUAGUUGCAUAAAUGAUUCUGCUGUGCAACUUAUAGAAAGUCAUAAAACAUUGUUGUAACACUUCUAGCAAAUAUUGCAUUUGGGUUGUUAAAUUGAUCAGCACAAUAACCACAUGAUCUCA